AUGUACGACUCGGAGUUGCCUGCGGAGAACUUGAACAAGAACCCGCCCGUUCUUUUCCUCCUCCGCCCCCAAAACAUCAUCACCGAGCACCCCAUCGAUUUUGAUGACGAUUUUUUCACGCGUCCAACGGAGGCAGGUGUCCCUGAAGAUGACCCCUCGCCUGCGACUCAGGUGAAGAAGAUUUUGGAUGACGAGGGGAUCUUCUUUCAUCGCGGAGUAUCUCUCUCGCAAUACAUUGAGGAUUGGGCAAUGGACGGAUACCUCCGUUGCUUCCCAACUGGUUGCCCAAACCUUGCCACAUUCUGCGGCAUUCAAGGCGUUGGAACCCCGCAUGCGUUGAACGCGGAAACGCGCGGGUUCCAGAGGUACCGCGGAUUCUUCAACAUCAGAUGGGAAACGCGCAUCUAUGAGUACGGCAAGAAGAAUCCCAAUGGCGUAUGGGUGAGCUUACAUUCCAUUGUCACGGCCAUGCGCUGCCGAGCGUAUCAGCCGGCUACAUUCGACGAAGACGCUAUACUGGUGGGCGACGCGGAGCAGUCGCAAAACGGUGAGCCUGAGCCGGAUUGCGAAGACAAAUUGGCGUUUAAGGACGAGAAGAGGUUUCCGGUUAUGAUGGUCUCUCUCGUCGGGCCCCAGCAUGUCAGGGCUCUUUAUGCUUGCAUGGAUGCCAAAAGAUUGAGCCAACCAACGAAAUUAUUAUGCGUAACAGCGCCGGCAUCCUUCUCAGUCACCCGUUGGUGGAGAGAAAUUAAAAACAGGCUUAGGCGGGCCACGGGUAAGGGCUUGAAGCAUUACAGGAACACUUAGUAGUUUGCGGUAUCAUUUCCUGUAAACAGUGCUAGUCUAAAUGCACAUUUGAGACGGAGAAGAGCCAUACUUGGUGAAUACAAG